CUGUUGUGGGAAAUGUUGGAAACUGCUGGUAGAAGAAAAUCAAAGCUCAGAAACAUGUGUUCUGUGGUGUCGUAGGCUACGUUUUUUAUAUAUAUAUAUAUUGCUUUUGAUGUGUUCAUAACUUGUGAAGAGACACUUCUGGAAAUUUUCGGAAGGGAACGUUUCUAAGAACUUGAAGCUAUUUUGUUUUGUUUCAGUUAGGAAUUAUGAAUAAUUCCGUCUAUGGCGAUGGCUCGAACAUUUCAGAACUAGUUCAACCGCUCUGUGUCUCCCACAACCAAAGCACUUUCCCGCCACUGCGACUGGAAUCAAAAUCGCUGGUCACUUCAGCCACUAUGUUCGCUUUUGGAGUCAUGGGGAACCUCAUUGCCAUUGUUGUGUUAUGCAUCUCAAAGAAAGAGCAGAAGGAGACCACUUUCUAUACGCUGGUUGUUGGAAUGGCUAUCACGGACCUGUUGGGCACCUGUUUCACCAGCCCGGUGGUUAUCGCCACCUACAUAGCCCAGAGGUGGCCCGGUGGAGAGCUACUGUGUGACUUUUUCUCGUUCUCUAUGCUCUUUUUCGGCUCGGCUGGAAUGUCCAUUCUGUGCGCUAUGGCAGUGGAACGAUACCUGGCCAUAAACCACGCGUAUCUUUACUCCCAAUACAUUGACCGGACGACGGCGCGUUUGGCGCUCAUGGGCAUCUACCUAGCUAACAUUGUGCUGUGCAUCAUGCCCAGCUUUGGUUUCGGGAAGCAUGUGCGCCACUUCCCGGGCACUUGGUGUUUUUUGGACUGGAGGGCGACGGACCCCCUCGCUGCCUCGUACUCGUUUCUGUAUGGCGGGUUCAUGUUGGUGUUGAUUGCGGUGACAGUUGUGUGCAACUUCGCAGUGUGUCGGUCACUUGUGGGGAUGAGCCAGAAGACGCGGAUAGUGAGAGCGAAGGUGUCCGCGCAAGUAGGCUCACGGCGCGUGUUCCUGCCCUCCGUCACCUGCCCGUCCGCGGCUGAGAUCCAAAUGUUCUGGCUGCUGAUAUUUAUGACCAUCGUUUUCCUGGUGUGCUCCAUUCCUUUGGUGGUGCGCAUCUUUGUAAACCAGCUGUAUGGUCCUUCCAACAUCUGUGCCGGAGUGAAUCCAGAUUACCGCAGUGAUCUGAUGGCCAUUCGCUUCGCCUCGUUCAACCCCAUUCUGGACCCCUGGGUAUACAUCCUCUGUAGGAAGAACCUGUUGGUAAAGGGCUGUGAGAGGGUAAAGAAGACAGUUGGACAAGUCAAGGCGGGCCGCGGGCGUAAUUUAGGCUGGGUUGGCACUAGCAGUCAUCAUUCACUCCCGUCGUUUGAACACAGCAACGAGACCAGUUAUGCGUCAUUACGCACGACCAACUACAGAAACGAUUCGGAGAACCAGGUUACCACCAAAAAUAAAUCGUUUACAGACUUUACCAUGCGACAAGCCUGGGACCUUGACACGGCGCAGGCGAACUUCCAUCCGUUUAGUGUAGACCAGACUACCGUGAUCGGUUUCGAGGCGGAGAUAGCGGUGGUGUCCAAACCGGCCAUGAUCGCGUCACAGCUCGGAAGCAGCGAGGCGCUUCCGGAGAUGUGCUCACCAGCAGGUCUUCAUAGCCACGUCAGUAAAGUGGACAUAGUCACCUGUACCUUCAGCACACUAAGCUCCUGUCAAUCGGAGAAGUGCCUCUGAUCAACUGUUUCCCAACAAACAUAAAUGUUUUCAUAUAGACUUUUACAGCAAAUGUCUGAGAUGCUGAACACAGACAGCCAGGCAGACACAGGUCAUGUACCUUGAUGCAGCCUACAGGCCAGAUUACAAAGGCUGGGCUUCUGCACACAGGAGAUUUUACUAAAUGGACCCAUUUGGACAUUUUAAGAUGCACUUUAUGAAUCUGUAAUGUGAUUGUACUAUGAUCAUACUCUAAGGGGA